UUUUUCCCCAUCCACCAACAAACAAUCCCCCAUCCACAUCUUUGCGUGUCGCCGUCCGCGCCCCGCUCCGUCUCCGUCUCUUCUAGGAAAUAUCGCGCAAUGGCGCUCCUCCGCGCGCCGCUGCCGGCGCCCCUCGCCCGCCAGCGCCUCAAGGGCAACCUGGCCGGCCUCGCGCUGCUCAUCUUCGCGCGCUCCGUCUUCACACCAUACCUGGCGCUGCGCGGCCUCCUCGUCUCGAUCUUGGACGCGCUCGGCGCGCCCGCCGACACAGUGUGGUGGCUCGAAACCGCCGCCACCGCCCUCCUCUGCUGGAACAUCUUCGAGGCCGCGUACCGCGUCCAGCACCCGAGUCCUGCGCCGCCCACGCCCGCGGGCAUGAAGCUCGUGCCGGUACUCCAAAGCUCGCCGCUGACCCGCUCGUACGAGCCCGCCGCGACAUACACGCCUACGCGCACAGCGACGCAGUCGCCGCUCGCCCAGAGCUUGUACAAGUCGACGCCGGGCCGGCAUUCGCCUACGAGGAGCUCGCCGCUGAGCUCGAGCACCGCGCGCGUGUUGAAUCUCCAGCAAUCGGGCACGGCGACCUCCACCGGGUUGUUCUACGAUGAUAACACUCCCGCGAGCCCAAGCAAGGUCGCUAGACCCAAUCAAGAGACGCCGACCAAGCCGCGCGAACGCGCAACUUACACAGUCGUGGACCGCGAGGAACGCGAGUGGGUCGAGAACGUGUGGAAGGGCGUCAAGGGCAAGAGCCACCGGCUCGGUCUGUAGUAUGCAUGCUGUCUACUGUCUGCUGUGUGCAGGGGAAUGGGCUAGUUCAUGCGCCACAGGCGUAUCGAGCAUUCGGGCUCGAGUGUGCCGGACGCUAUCGUGCCGUUGGGCGAGACGGCGAGGGCGACGACGGGGGCGGUGUGCCCCUCGAGCACGGAGACGACGCGGCGGUCCUGCAAGUCCCAGACGAUGACGGCGCCAUUCUCGCUUCCCGCUACCACGAGUGCUGCCGGGCCUUUUGGCCGGCCCGGUGAUGGUGCCGCAGAAGGCGCGGCGGAUCCAUCGAGAUCCAUUGGCUCUUCUUUUGCCUUCUCCUUGAUUUCUGCGCCAUACACGAUAACAGGCGACGGGUAGCGCUCGCAGACGUACUCUGGCGCACGAAGCGUCUUGAGCACCUUGCCCGAGUGCAGGGAGUACACGCGGACAGUAGAGGAUAAGCACGCGGCGAGGAUGUGGAACGAUGAC